AUGUCCACAAACGCUGCGCAACGUUCGUGGGAGGCCGAGAAUGAUGUUAUCACUAUCGAUCCUGAGAAGAAUGCGCUCUACACUCUCCCAGAAACCAAACGCUACAAGACAUUCACUGAAGAGGAGAGACCAUGGAAAGCCGACCCUAAUUACUUCACAGACGUCAAAAUAUCAGCAUUAGCUCUGCUUAAGAUGACUAUGCACGCAAAAGAUGGAGGCAAUAUCGAAGUCAUGGGCCUAAUGGUUGGACUGCCUGUUGAGGCUACAGAGACAAGAGUCAACGCACAUGAGGAGGCAUACGGCUAUAUGACUACGUUUCCUGAGAUGUCCAGACAGACGGAUAGGCAAGAGAACGUGGUUGGUUGGUAUCACUCACACCCGGGCUACGGCUGCUGGCUUUCCGGCAUUGAUGUUGGUACUCAGAAGAGUUGGCAGUUAGGCUCUGAUCCCGCAAUGGCCGUUGUCAUUGAUCCCCACCGAACUGUUUCUGCUGGCAGAGUCGAGAUUGGUGCUUUCAGAACUUAUCCCGACGGCUAUAGACCUCACGACAAGAAUCAGGAUGAUGGCUUCCAGGCAAUUCCCACCGCCAAGGUAGAAGACUUCGGCGCUCAUGCAAGUGAUUACUACUCGCUGGAAGUUUCUCAUUUCAAGUCUACCCUGGAUCAGCAAUUAAUUGACCUUCUCUGGAAUUCCUACUGGACCUCUACUAUCUCGCAGUCACCACUCUUUUCGAAUGCUGAGUAUACCAGAUUACAGAUCGCCGAUCAAUCUAUCAAAGUAAAAGAAGCUGCUAGAAAGAUCAAACAGAACAGCGGUGGUCCCAGACGGACUGGGGCCGAGCUUGCGCCCUCUUCGGGGAGUAGGACAGACAUCAAGAUUUUGCCAGAUAAAACUCUUGAACAGCUCGUGAAAGGAGGUAACAAGAUUAGUCAAGAGGCGAUUGCUGGUCUUUUAGCCAACAGUGUCAAGGAAAAGCUAUUCGUGGGUGUAGUGGAUGAGGCUCGACUGCAGACUGCUUCUGCCCAGGCCAUAGAUGCUGCAGUGGGCUCGGCCACAGCUACGACGUGA